CGCCCUGUCCGAUAUCAGCAAGAACCCUGCGAGCACCGAGAAGGAUUUUAUGGGAGCUUUGAGAGCAUUUUAACGAAUCUUAUUAUGUUACCUCAUUGAGAGUAAAUCUCUGCUGAGAGCUUCAAACUGUGAAACUACCUGCUGCUUGUCGCUGGAAGCGCUUUGUCAUGUCGUUACUGUGUGUCAGAGUGAAAAAAGCCAAGCUUCGAGGACCACCAGAUAAGUUCAACACCUACGUAACACUGAAGGUGCAGAAUGUUAAAAGCACAACUAUCACUGUGCGUGGGGACCAGCCGUGCUGGGAACAGGACUUCAUGUUUGAGAUCAACCGGCUGGACCUCGGUCUCAUUGUCGAGGUGUGGAACAAAGGCCUCAUCUGGGACACCAUGGUGGGGACAGCCUGGAUUCCUCUUAAAAACAUCCGACAGUCUGAGGAGGAGGGUUCAGGCGAGUGGAUCUUCCUGGAUGCAGAGGUUCUAAUGAAGGCGGAUGAGAUUUAUGGCACUAAGAACCCAACGCCUCACCGAGUGCUGCUGGAUACUCGCUUCGAGCUGCCGUUUGAUAUUCCAGAAGAUGAGGCUCAGUAUUGGACGGGUAAGCUGGAGCGCAUCAACAUGGGAAUCCACGAUGAGUACCCCCUCCAGAAUGUCGAUGAUCAGAGGGCCAUGCUGCAAUGCGCCCCCUCCCAGUGUUCUUUGGAUGACCAGGACAGCGCCGUAGAUGACCGGGACAGUGACUACCGCAGUGAGACCAGCAACAGUUUGCCUCCUCGGUACCACACGACGGCCCAGCCCAACUCAUCCAUGCACCAGUUCCCCAUGGGACCCCGUACACAGCAGCUGCUAGACUGCUGCACCGACUCUGUCCACAGCUUUGACCUGGACUACACGGACCAGAGAGGAAGCAGUCCAGUGGAAAGUAAUCGUUACGGGUCAUCGGGGAACCUGAGCCAGGCUAGCUCACAGCUGAGUGAGACCGGCCAGGAGAGCACCGGAGGGUCCGAACUGGAAGAGUCCUUCCACUCCUACCAUAGCACCAGCUUACACCCUUCCGUUAAUGGCCAGCCUCGCUUAACUGGACCUCUUCCCACCAAUGGGCACUCGACUGGCCAUGAGAAGGACGUAGAUGUUCAGUCCUCUGAGUUAAUCCCAAGUUUAAAAUGUGAUGCAUCAGAAAAGGAAGCAUCUAAACUCCAAAGACUCCAUGAUGGAGGCUCGCCGUUGCCUUUCUCCCCAUCUAGAGUUCGCUGGUUGAAAGCCAUCAACAAAGUGAGGGUUCAGCUUCGGGAGGUCAGAGAUGUGGAACCCAAUACCAGACAGGCCUGGGUUAAACCAGGUAGUGGAUCUGGUCUGUAUGGAAUUGACAGCAUGCCAGACUUGCGCAAGAAGAAGCCCAUCCCCUUGGUCAGCGACGUGUCCCUCGUCCAAGCCAGGAAGGCAGGGAUUGCCUCUGCUAUGGCUGCACGGUCCUCAUUCAAGGAUGAGGAGCUGAAAAACCAUGUGUACAAGAAGACCCUGCAGGCUCUCAUCUACCCCAUUUCCUGCACUACGCCACAUAACUUUGAGGUGUGGACAGCCACCACCCCCACUUACUGCUAUGAGUGCGAGGGGCUGCUGUGGGGAAUCGCCCGCCAAGGCAUGCGUUGCUCCGAGUGUGGGGUCAAGUGCCAUGAAAAGUGCCAGGAGCUGCUUAAUGCUGAUUGUUUACAGCGAGCGGCAGAGAAAAGCUCCAAGCAUGGAGCGGAGGACCGCACCCAAAACAUCAUCAUGGCCAUGAAAGACAGGAUGAAGAUUAGAGAAAGGAACAAACCAGAGAUCUUUGAGCUAAUCAGGGAAGUGUUCAUAGUCACUAAAGCCAUUCACGCUCAGCAAAUGAAGACCAUCAAACAGAGUGUCUUAGAUGGGACCUCAAAGUGGUCGGCCAAGAUCACCAUCACAGUGGUUUGUGCGCAGGGACUUCAGGCGAAAGACAAGACAGGUUCCAGUGAUCCAUAUGUAACAGUUCAGGUGGGCAAAACCAAGAAGAGAACCAAGACCAUUUAUGGCAACCUCAACCCAGUCUGGGAGGAAAAGUUCCACUUCGAGUGCCACAAUUCUUCAGACCGCAUCAAAGUUCGUGUUUGGGACGAGGACGAUGACAUCAAGUCCAGAGUGAAGCAGCGUCUAAAGAGGGAGUCCGAUGAUUUCUUGGGUCAGAGUAUCAUCGAAGUUCGAACGCUGAGCGGAGAAAUGGACGUGUGGUACAACCUGGAGAAGAGGACAGACAAGUCAGCCGUCUCAGGUGCCAUUCGCCUCCAGAUCAACGUGGAGAUCAAAGGAGAAGAGAAAGUGGCUCCGUAUCAUGUGCAGUACACCUGUUUGCAUGAGAACCUGUUCCACUUUUCCACCGAUGUGCUCGGUCAGGGUGUGGUUAGAAUCCCCGAGGCGCGUGGAGAUGAUUCAUGGAAGCUCUACUUUGACGAUGUGGCGCAGGAAAUCGUUGACGAGUUUGCUAUGCGCUACGGGAUUGAGUCUAUCUACCAAGCCAUGACACACUUUGCCUGCUUGUCUACUAAGUACAUGUGUCCUGGAGUUCCUGCAGUGAUGAGCAGCCUGCUGGCUAAUAUCAAUGCAUUCUACGCCCACACAACUGCAUCCACCAAUGUGUCCGCCUCUGACCGCUUCGCUGCUUCCAACUUUGGGAAAGAGCGCUUUGUCAAGCUUCUAGACCAGCUACACAACUCCUUACGUAUUGAUCUCUCUACCUAUAGGAAUCACUUUCCUGCCAGCAGCAAGGACCGCCUGCAAGAUUUGAAAUCAACAGUGGACCUUCUAACCAGCAUCACCUUCUUCAGGAUGAAGGUCCAGGAGUUACAGUCCCCACCCAGAGCCAGUCAGGUUGUGAGGGACUGUGUUAAAGCCUGCCUCAACUCUACAUAUGACUACAUCUUCAAUAACUGCCAUGAACUCUACAGCAGACAGUUCCAACCUGCAGACGCCAACAAGGAGGAGCUGCCCCUGGAAGAGCAGGGCCCCAGUAUCAAGAACCUGGACUUCUGGCCCAAACUCAUCAUGCUUAUCGUCUCCAUCAUAGAGGAAGACAGGAACUCCUACACACCAGUGCUCAAUCAGUUUCUUCAGGAACUGAAUGUAGGAAAGGUUUCAGCAGAAGUCAUGUGGACUUUGUUUGCUCAAGACAUGAAGUACGCUUUGGAAGAGCAUGAGAAGCACCGACUGUGUAAAAGCACAGACUACAUGAACCUACACUUCAAAGUCAAGUGGCUCUACAAUGAAUAUGUCAAGGAGCUUCCGACCUUUAAGGGCGUUGUUCCCGACUACCCAUCAUGGUUUCUGCAGUUUGUCCUGCAGUGGUUGGAUGAAAAUGAGGAUGUGUCGAUGGAGUUCAUGCAUGGAGCUCUGGAGAGAGACAAAAAAGAUGGAUUCCAGCAGACCUCUGAGCAUGCUUUGUUCUCCUGCUCCGUGGUGGACAUCUUCACCCAGCUCAACCAGAGCUUUGAGAUCAUCAAGAAACUGGAGUGCCCCGAUCCCAAGGUCAUGGCUCAGUACAGCCGCCGCUUCUCCAAGACAAUUGCCAAAGUUCUCCUGCAGUACAGUGCCAUCCUGACCAAGGGUUUUCCUUCCUACGUUGACAAGGAGAAGAUUCCUUGUGUCCUCAUGAAUAACGUGCAGCAGCUGAGAAUCCAGCUGGAGAAAAUGUUUGAAUCAAUGGGUGCCAAACAGAUGGACACCGAGGCCAGUGACUUGCUGAACGAUCUGCAGGUGAGACUCAACAACGUUCUGGACGACCUCAGCAGUACGUUUGGGAACAGCUUCCAGAGCUGCAUCAAUGACUGCAUGCGUCAGAUGGCGUCGCUGCUGUACCAGAUAAAAGGGCCGCUCAACGAAAACACCAAGAACCAGGUGGAGGCCGACUCGGACAACAUGCUGCGGCCACUCAUGGACUUCCUGGAUGACAAGUUGACUCUUUUCGCCACUGUGUGUGAGAAAACUGUGCUGAAGCGUGUUCUCAAGGAGCUGUGGAGGAUCGUAAUGACAAGCCUGGAGAAGACCAUCGUCCUACCGCAGGGGAACGACACCUUUGGAGCACAGAUCCUUUCUGCUGCUAAAGAACUGGGACAUCUUUCUAAACUCAAGGAUCACAUGGCAGGGGACGCUAAAAGCCUGACUCCCAGACAGUGUGCUGUCAUGGAUGUGGCUCUGGAUACUAUCAAGCAAUACUUUCAUGCAGGAGGAAAUGGGUUGAAGAAGGCUUUCCUGGAGAAGAGUGCUGAGCUUUCCUCUCUCCGUCAUGCUCUGUCUCUCUACACCCAGACGACCGACACGCUCAUCAAGACCUUUGUGACCACGCAACAUUCACAAGGCUCAGGUGUGGACAAACCUAUCGGAGAGGUGUCCCUGCAGAUUGAGCUCUACACUCAUCCGAAGAGCGAAGAGCGGAAAGUGACACUGAAAGUCAUAGGAGCCAGCGAUUUGAAAUGGCAAACAUCCGGCAUGUUCAGACCGUUUGUAGAGGUCACCAUGAUCGGGCCUCACCUCAGCGACAGGAAACGCAAAUUUCAGACCAAAUCCAAGAACAACAGCUGGUCUCCCAAAUACAACGAAACCUUUCACUUCGUUCUGGGUAACCAGGACGGCUUCGAGUGCUAUGAGGUGCAAGCCUGCGUCAAAGACUACUGCUUCGGCCGUGCCGACCGGGUCGUGGGCCUGGCUGUGGUGCAGCUGAGGGACAUCGUGGAGAGGGGCAACUGUGCCUGCUGGUGCCCUCUGGGGCAGCGUAUCUACAUGGACGACACGGGCCUCACGGCCAUGCGGAUCCUCUCCCAGCGCUCCAACGACGACGUGGCGAAGGAGUUCGUUCGCCUGAAGUCAGAGACUCGGUCGGCAGAGGAGGGAAGAUGAGGAUGCAGAAA